AUGGAUUCGCAGUCGAGUGUCGGCGCUACCUCUGACGCAGGUACGCCUCAUAUGGAUACCGAAUCAGGGAGUUUCUCUCAAGAUAUUCCAAGCACUACGGCCGCUGCCGCGGAAGCCGCUACGGCAGAACCUACAACCUCCGGACGCCCUCGUCCUACAGCGGCGCCCAAGAUGGAUGAGAUCCCGAUCGUAGUGGACAAGACAGCGGAUAAUUUGUGUUUCGUAUUUACCGACUUCAUUGAAAACUUCCGCGCCAGGGAUGAUGUGUCACAGAAUAGUACGUACGUGGAGCAGUUGUAUGCGAUGCGUGAAUACAAUACAACGACGCUAUAUGUGGACUACCGCCAUGUGCUGGAAUACGAGGAAGCACUAGCCACCGCCAUCAGUGAACAGUAUUAUCGUUUCCUGCCGUACCUCAAUCGUGCUGUGGUAAAUUGCGUGAAUACAUACAUUCCUGGGUAUCUGUAUUCCAAUGCGCACUUGGCAUCGACAGCCUCGUCCGGUUUAAUGACGCGCGAUUUCUCCUUGGCAUUUUACAACCUACCAAUUAUAUCUGGCAUCCGAUCCUUGCACACAGACAAGGUCGGCAAGCUAGUCUCAAUCAGUGGCACUGUGACGCGUACCUCCGAAGUUCGUCCAGAACUCCUCUUUGGUACUUUUACUUGUGUGGAAUGCAAAACUAGCGUGCGUGAUGUCGAGCAGCAAUUCCGUUAUACGGAGCCGAUCAUGUGCCGUAACCCCAUGUGCCAAAACCGCACGCAAUGGGAACUUGAUGUGGAAAAAAGCCGUUUCUGCGACUGGCAAAAAGUGCGCAUUCAAGAGAAUGCGAAUGAAAUUCCUACCGGUAGCAUGCCACGCAGUCUCGAUGUGAUUUUGCGCUCGGAUAUUGUGGAGCGUGCCAAGGCAGGCGACAAGUGCACCUUCACGGGUACAUUCAUUGUCUUGCCUGAUGUGUCGCAGAUGGGUGUGCCUGGUGUCAAUGCACAAAUGCAGCGCCAAGUCCAAACGAGCCGGGCCACGGAAGGGGUGGCCAACCAGGGCGUAAGUGGCCUCAAGACACUGGGUGUGCGUGACUUGACCUAUCGUACAGCGUUCCUCGCAUGUAUGGUGCAAAGUGGCACGACGCAUCUGGACAAGUUGACAGGUGCUUCGGACCUGGAAGAGGAUGCACAGACUGUCCUCGACAGCUUCACCGAAGAAGAGCGUGAAGAACUGGAAGCGAUGGUCAUGAGCACAGACAUUUACUCACGCCUUGUGCAAAGCAUGGCGCCUACCAUGUACGCCCAUGAGAUCGUGAAGAAAGGCAUUCUUUUGCAGCUGAUGGGCGGUGUGCAUAAGCAGACGAACGAUGGCAUCAAUUUGCGUGGUGAUAUCAACAUUUGCAUUGUGGGCGACCCCAGUACCAGCAAGUCGCAGUUCCUCAAGUAUGUGUGUGGCUUCAUGCCACGAGCUGUAUACACGUCUGGCAAGGCCUCCUCGGCAGCCGGUCUUACCGCGGCGGUGGUGCGUGAUGAGGAGACAGGCGAAUUCACCAUCGAAGCCGGCGCACUCAUGCUAGCGGACAAUGGCAUUUGUGCCAUUGAUGAGUUUGACAAGAUGGACCUCUCCGACCAGGUCGCGAUUCACGAAGCAAUGGAGCAGCAGACCAUUUCCAUCGCAAAGGCCGGUAUUCAGGCCACGCUCAAUGCACGCACCUCCAUUCUGGCCGCGGCCAACCCCAUUGGCGGUCGAUACAACCGUAAGCAGACGUUGCGCGCCAAUGUUGCUAUGAGUGCCCCCAUCAUGUCGCGUUUCGAUAUGUUCUUUGUCAUUGUGGACGAGUGUAACGAGACGGUGGAUUGGAAUAUUGCCCAGCACAUUGUCAAUAUCCAUCGUUUCCGUGAUGCAGCGAUUGCCCCGGAAUUUUCUACGGAGGCAUUGCAACGCUACAUUCGCUAUGCACGGACGUACCAACCCAAACUCACGCCUGAAGCGAGCGAUGUGUUGGUCGAAAAGUACCUUCAGCUACGUCAGGACGAUGCGGGCGGCUCAGUGGGCCGCAAUUCGUACCGAAUCACGGUGCGUCAGCUGGAAAGUAUCAUUCGCUUGUCGGAAGCCAUUGCCCGAGCCAAUUGCCGCUCGGAUAUCACGCCCGCCUUUGUGCGCGAAGCGUAUGCCCUGCUUCGGCAAUCGAUUAUCCAUGUGGAAAAGGAUGACAUUGCCAUGGAAGACGAAGAUGUGGACAACGAAGAGGCACCUACGCCGCUCCAGCCGACGCCAUCGACCUCGCGCGCCGCCUCCAGAGCAGCACGCAAGAGCAUCACGUACGAUCGCUACAUGGAGCUCGUCAAUCAGCUUGUCUUACGGGUGCACACCUCGGAGCGAGACACCUCACGUGGCAUGUCUCGUGAUGCUUUGACACAAUGGUACUUGGAAAUGCAUGAAGAGGAAAUCGAGUCCAUGCAGCAACUCGCGGAAGAGCGCGACUUGGUGGGCCGCGUGAUUUCGCGGCUGAUUCGCGAUGGGUACCUUGUGGAUUUGCCGGUCGACGACAAUGAGCGUGACGAGGAUGGGCCUGCACGACUUUUGGUGGUGCACCCCCAAGUCGAUGUGGACAGCUUGCAGUGA